UGGCUUGAACUUGACUAGUGUGGAAAAAACAGCGGCCAUCUUGACCAGCACGCGGCAAAUGGUAAAGAAUAUUAUGGUGGGAUCUUAAAAGAGAGCAUAACUUCGUCAGGGGAAAAGCAUAAAGAAGGUGAAGUCAUAACUCAAAUGACAACUCCUUUCUUUCAAUGCAAACAAUACCUGAAUCCUUUGCAUAUAAAGUUACAUUCUCUGUAAAAACCACAAUCAUCGAUCUCUGCCUUUCUCCUCCAACUCUAUCCCCAAGACAUGGCCUUUGCCAAGUUUCUUUUUAUUCUCUUACUGUUACCUUCGUUCGAAGCUUUACCUGACGUUACCCCCUUAAGAAAACAGAACUUAACUACUCAAUCAUUAAUCAUACAGGCUUGCACAGGCAUUGAUAGCCAGGAUUUAUGCCUCUCAAAUAUACAAGCUGAGCUUCAAAACUUAGGGCCUCAAACCCCCUCAUCAGUUUUGCAUGCUGCUCUCAGGGCGACGCUUAAUGAAGCAAGACAAGCCAUUGAAACAAUAACAAAGUUCACUGCUUUGUCUGUCAGUUAUCGUGAACAAAUAGCAAUUGAAGAUUGCAAGGAACUUCUUGAUUUCUCCGUCUCGGAGUUGGCCUGGUCUUUGACUGAGAUGAAAAAAAUUCGUGGUGGUGAUAGAAGUGCUGAACAUGAAGGGAACCUGAAAGCUUGGUUAAGUGCUGCGUUGAGUAACCCAGACACCUGCCUUGAAGGCUUCGAAGGCACAGACCACCACCUUGAGAGCUUCAUCAGAGGAAGCCUGAAACAAGUUACACAACUUAUUGGCAAUGUUUUAGCUAUGUACACUCAAUUACAUAGCUUGCCCUUUCGACCACCUCGCAAAAGCACUUCCACAAACACAAGCUCAGAAUUUCCGGAGUGGAUAACCGAUGGUGAUCAAGAGCUUGUACAAACUAAUCCACGCGUUAUGCACAUAGAUGCGGUUGUGUCAUUAGAUGGGAGCGGGCAUUAUUGGACCAUAACAGAUGCUAUCAAUGAGGCUCCAAGUUAUAGUAAUAGGAGGUACAUCAUUUAUGUGAAGAAGGGAGUUUACAAGGAGAACAUUGACAUGAAGAAGAAAAAAACCAAUAUUAUGGUGGUGGGAGAUGGAAUCGGACAAACAAUUGUGACAGGGAACAGGAAUUUCUUGCAAGGAUGGACUACAUUUCGAACUGCUACAGUUGCUGUUUCUGGAAAGGGAUUUAUAGCGAGAGACAUAACAUUCCGCAAUACAGCCGAACCCCAGAACCACCAGGCUGUGGCUCUCCGAGUGGAUUCUGAUCAAUCCGCUUUCUAUCGUUGCAGCAUGGAAGGCUACCAGGAUACCCUCUACAUUCACUCCCUCCGCCAAUUUUACCGAGAAUGCAAUAUUUAUGGCACCAUAGACUUCAUUUUCGGCAAUGGUGCAGCUGUCCUCCAGAACUGCAAAAUAUUCACUCGAGUCCCCUUGCCACUUCAGAAGGUUACAAUCACUGCUCAGGGAAGGAAAAACCCGAAUCAAAGUACCGGCUUUUCGAUUCAGAACAGCUAUGUUCUUGCCACUCAACCAACUUAUUUAGGGAGGCCAUGGAAGCGGUAUUCCAGGACAGUUUUCAUGAACACUUACAUGGGUGGUCUGGUGCAGCCUAGAGGGUGGCUUGAGUGGUAUGGGGACUUUGCCUUGAGCACACUUUGGUAUGGUGAGUACAGGAAUUAUGGCCCUGGUGCAUCAUUAUCCGGACGAGUGAAAUGGCCUGGUUACCACAUUAUCCAAGAUGCUGCCACCGCAAGUUUCUUCACAGUUGGGAGGUUCAUUGACGGCCGGUCAUGGUUGCCUGCAACCGGCGUCAAGUUCACGGCAGGUUUGAGCAAUUAGGUGACUAGCUAUAUGUAUAGUCUUAUAUACGAAUUUUCCAGUGGUUGUACUGAUUUACAUGUGUGUUUCAGCCUCUACUACUUGAGGAUCCGAUAUCUGGCAGCUUCGUCAUGUAUGAUUGAUUAGAUUUGAUUACUAGUACUGGUUACUUGCUAUUGGUUUUAGCCUUGUAAAGAGCUUUGUCUUCAAGGCUUAAAAGUUCAAUGGUGGACAACAAUAAAAAAAUUCCUCGGUUCAAGUUCAACAAGUUUAUA